AUGGGGAAUGGAAGACAUAUUUCAACCGCCACGACCCUUGGAGAGUGGGAUGCAGUUAAGGGGAACCGCUGGAAUCGAAGGAAAGCGGCGCGCAAGGUGCAGGUAUACGAGCUGGGGGAGCUGAAGGACGCGGGGCUGGAUGCGCCGGACGAAGCGGUGGUGGAGCUGGCAGACAUCGCGCUGGACUGCCUCAAGAUGCCCGCCUCGCGCCGCCCGUCCAUGAAGGACGUCGCCCGCCGCCUCCAGAACCUCCUUUCGCUCUACUGCAGUGACGCCGACAUCUCCUCCCUUGCAGAGCCCAGCCUUCGCAUGGUGGGAACUCCACGUGGCGAAAGCAUCAGUCGGGACACGUUUGGGAGGAGUCAGUGGUCGGAGGCAACGAGCGGCGCGUCCAAGCUCACCCAUUCGCUGUCGGAGAAGUGGCGGAUGAUUGAGUAG